AUGUCGUCGACCUUGCUUACACUUCUAUUUCAGUGGUUUUCUUUGCUUUCUCUAAUCUCCUCCUCAACCAUUGUGUCUGCAAGUUUAUAUAAACCACCAAGGCUCAGCGUUUUUGGAGGAGAAGACCUACAAGAACCAAAAGCAAUAAACUUGAAAGACUUUAAAACCUUUUUCUACACCCAAACACUAGAUCACUUCAAUUAUAGGCCUGAAAGCUAUACCACUUUCAAACAAAAAUAUGUGAUAAAUUUCAAAUACUGGGGUGGUGCGAAGAAACACUCGCCAAUCUUCGUUUAUCUUGAUGGUGAAUCGCCAUUGAGUGAUGUUCCGGGUUCUGGGUUUGAAACUGAUAUUGCCCCUCGUUUUAAAGCUCUCUUAAUCUAUAUAGAGCAUCGGUUCUAUGGAAAAUCGAUUCCAUUCGGAUCAUUCGAAAAGGCUAUGAAGAAUGUUACUCUUCGCGGUUAUUUCAAUUCAGCUCAAGCAUUAGCAGAUUCUGCAAAGAUAAUCUUAUAUCUCAAGAAGAAAUUUCAUGCACACUACUCUCCUGUUAUUGUCUUUGGAGGAUCCUAUGGAGGAAUGCUUGCAACAUGGUUUCGGCUUCACUAUUCCCACAUCGCCAUGGGAGCUCUAGCCUCAUCGGCACCUAUCCUUUACUUUGAUGACAUCAUUCCACAGAGCGCAUAUUAUUCUGUUGUCACAAAGGAUUUCAAGGAAGCUAGUGAGAAUUGCUACUGGACAAUAAAAAAAUCAUGGUCUGAAAUUGAUAAAGUUGCUACUCAGCCAAAUGGCCUUUCAAUUCUUAGCCAGAGAUUCAAGACUUGCAACCCAUUAAACGGUUCGCGUCUACUGAAGGACUACUUAGAAGGCAAAAUAUAUGCAGAUGCAGCUCAAUAUAAUGACCCACCAACAUAUCCGGUUACUAAGAUCUGUCAAGCCAUUGAUGGAGCACCUAAAGGAACUGAUAUUCUUGGCCGGAUAUUUGCUGCUGUCGUUGCCUAUAAAGGGGAAAAAUCAUGCUAUAAUAUGACGCCAGAGCUUAGUCAAACAGUUGUGGGGUUUCACUGGCAAACAUGCAGUGAGAUGGUGAUGCCCGCGGGUCGUGAUAGGGAUGACACUAUGUUCCCAAUUGAUCCUUUCAAUUUAAGUAACUUCACCAAGGAAUGCAUUAGCAACUUUGGUGUCCGACCAAGACCUCAUUGGGUCACAACCUAUUAUGGAGGCCAUGACAUAAAAUUGGUUCUCCAAAAGUUUGCUAGCAACAUCAUUUUCUCCAAUGGACUGAGAGAUCCUUAUAGUAGUGCUGGAGUAUUGGAGAACAUAUCAAACACUAUUCUUGCCGUCCAUACAGCUAACGGAUCUCAUUGUUUAGACAUACUGGGAGCAAAGCAAAGUGAUCCAUAUUGGUUGGUCAAGCAACGACAGAGAGAGACCAAGAUCAUUAAGGAAUGGCUCACAAAGUACUUUAUUGAUCUUUCAUCCAUGAAGAAAAAAAAAAAGUACUGA